CUCUCUCUUUUUUUUUGCUUAAAAAAAAAAAAAAAGCCAUGACGGCUCUCCCACAAUUCAUCUUCCCUGCGCCAUCUUUGUAUUAUUUCUAAUUUAUUUUGGAUGUCAAAAGGCACUGAUGAAGAUAUUUUCUCUGGAGUCUCCUUUCUAACCCGGCUCUCCCGAUGUGAACCGAGCCGUCGUCCGCCCGCCGCCGCCGCCGCCGCCGCCGCCCGCCCGCCCCGCAGCCCACCAUGUCUCGCCGCAAGCAAGGCAAACCCCAGCACUUAAGCAAACGGGAAUUCUCGCCCGAACCUCUUGAAGCCAUUCUUACAGAUGAUGAACCUGACCACGGCCCUCUGGGAGCUCCGGAAGGGGACCAUGACCUCCUCACGUGUGGGCAGUGCCAGAUGAACUUCCCAUUGGGGGACAUUCUUAUUUUUAUCGAGCACAAACGGAAACAAUGCAAUGGCAGCCUCUGCUUAGAAAAAGCUGUGGAUAAGCCACCUUCCCCUUCACCAAUCGAGAUGAAAAAAGCAUCCAAUCCUGUGGAGGUUGGCAUCCAGGUCACGCCAGAGGAUGACGAUUGUUUAUCAACGUCAUCUAGAGGAAUUUGCCCCAAACAGGAACACAUCGCAGAUAAACUUCUGCACUGGAGGGGCCUCUCCUCCCCGCGUUCUGCACACGGAGCUCUGAUCCCCACGCCCGGGAUGAGUGCAGAAUAUGGCCCGCAGGGUAUUUGUAAAGAUGAGCCCAGCAGCUACACAUGUACAACUUGCAAACAGCCAUUCACCAGUGCAUGGUUUCUCUUGCAACACGCACAGAACACUCAUGGAUUAAGAAUCUACUUAGAAAGCGAACACGGAAGUCCCCUGACCCCGCGGGUUGGUAUCCCUUCAGGACUAGGUGCAGAAUGUCCUUCCCAGCCACCUCUCCAUGGGAUCCAUAUUGCAGACAAUAACCCCUUUAACCUGCUAAGAAUACCAGGAUCAGUAUCCAGAGAGGCUUCCGGCCUGGCAGAAGGGCGCUUUCCACCCACUCCCCCCCUGUUUAGUCCACCACCGAGACAUCACUUGGACCCCCACCGCAUAGAGCGCCUGGGGGCGGAAGAGAUGGCCCUGGCCACCCAUCACCCGAGUGCCUUUGACAGGGUGCUGCGGUUGAACCCACUGGCUAUGGAGCCUCCCGCCAUGGAUUUCUCUAGGAGACUUAGAGAGCUGGCAGGGAACACGUCUAGCCCACCGCUGUCCCCAGGCCGGCCCAGCCCUAUGCAAAGGUUACUGCAACCAUUCCAGCCAGGUAGCAAGCCGCCCUUCCUGGCGACGCCCCCCCUCCCUCCUCUGCAGUCUGCCCCUCCUCCCUCCCAGCCCCCGGUCAAGUCCAAGUCAUGCGAGUUCUGCGGCAAGACGUUCAAAUUUCAGAGCAACCUGGUGGUGCACCGACGCAGCCACACGGGCGAGAAGCCCUACAAGUGCAACCUGUGCGACCACGCGUGCACGCAGGCCAGCAAGCUGAAGCGCCACAUGAAGACGCACAUGCACAAGUCGUCCCCCAUGACGGUCAAGUCCGACGACGGCCUCUCCACCGCCAGCUCCCCGGAACCUGGCACCAGCGACCUGGUGGGCAGUGCUAGCAGCGCGCUCAAGUCCGUGGUGGCCAAGUUCAAGAGCGAGAACGACCCCAGCCUGAUCCCGGAGAACGGGGACGAGGAGGAAGAGGAGGACGACGAGGAAGAGGAAGAAGAGGAGGAAGAGGAGGAGGAGGAGCUGACCGAGAGCGAGAGGGUGGACUACGGCUUCGGGCUGAGCCUGGAGGCGGCGCGCCACCACGAGAACAGCUCGCGGGGCGCCGUGGUGGGCGUGGGCGACGAGGGCCGCGCCCUGCCCGACGUCAUGCAGGGCAUGGUGCUCAGCUCCAUGCAGCACUUCAGCGAGGCCUUCCACCAGGUCCUGGGCGAGAAGCAUAAGCGCGGCCACCUGGCCGAGGCCGAGGGCCACAGGGACACUUGUGACGAAGACUCGGUGGCCGGCGAGUCGGACCGCAUAGACGAUGGCACUGUUAACGGCCGCGGCUGCUCCCCGGGCGAGUCGGCCUCCGGGGGCCUGUCCAAAAAGCUGCUGCUGGGCAGCCCCAGCUCGCUGAGCCCCUUCUCCAAGCGCAUCAAGCUCGAGAAGGAGUUCGACCUGCCCCCGGCCGCGAUGCCCAACACGGAGAACGUGUAUUCGCAGUGGCUCGCGGGCUACGCGGCCUCCAGGCAGCUCAAAGAUCCCUUCCUUAGCUUCGGGGACUCCAGACAAUCGCCUUUCGCCUCCUCGUCUGAGCACUCCUCGGAGAACGGGAGCUUGCGCUUCUCCACGCCACCCGGGGAGCUGGACGGAGGGAUCUCGGGGCGCAGCGGCACGGGAAGUGGAGGGAGCACGCCCCAUAUUAGUGGUCCGGGCCCGGGCAGGCCCAGCUCAAAAGAGGGCAGACGCAGCGACACUUGUUCUUCACACACCCCCAUUCGGCGUAGUGUCCAGAGAGCUCAAGAUGUGUGGCAGUUUUCGGAUGGAAGCUCGAGAGCCCUUAAGUUCUGAGAAAAUUUGAAGCCCCCAGGGGCGGGGUGGACGCGUGCCGCCCGGCAGCAUCUGCGUGGUCUGUCAUCCUGCUAGUUUGUGGUGUUUUCUGACAGUAGCCUCCAAGAAGCCGUGUGCGAAGACAGAGUCCUGCAGAGGCCUUCCCGCCUGGGCCUGCAGCACCAUUUUAUUUAUAUUUUUUAAUAAAAAGUAAAAACAAAAAAACAGACCCACCUUGGAAUAGUGAAUCAGUCCCAUAGAGAGGGCCCGCGGACCAGCACUGCCCCGAGUGACGUCCUGGCCCCUUUGAAACCAGCCAACCUAAUUACCCAUAUUGUGGAAAUGAGCAUGAGUCCCCGACCCCUUGUUUCUAUACAUUCUAUGUUGUCUUUUAAAAAGUGUGCUUAACAUUGACACAAUAAAUGUUGGAGCUUUAGGUGGUGUUUUCUUGUUCUUUAAUUAUCAAUGUUUAUAAGACAAUGCAGCUGCUUAUAACUUUGUAUUUCUGUACCCAUUUCCUGCAGACACCCAUUGGGUGGGUAGGAAGGACAGAUUUGAGGAAUGGGUAAGGAGGCGUACGAGGGGAAAUAGGUUACUGCAUAUUGGAUGGCAUAAAUUUUCAAGGAGAAGCAACCUGCAAAACUUGGGAAUAAAUCAUAGCGAUAUCAUAAUUAAUGUAGUAGUAGUAUUGCUGUUUAUUAAUGCUGAAGUGUGGUUUUCCUAACUGUCUGACUUAUAAUUUGCAUACCAUUAAAUAAUGCAUAAUAUGGCACGCUGAAUUCUGUUUUUCAAAUAUAUGCUUUUGGUGGCUACCAUG